AUGGCGAGCAGCUCCUCACGGAUAUCUCAGAUGGACAUGGCGACGAAAUCCCAAAUGGCCCAGAGGAUAGGACGGCAGAGGCCUCACGUGACCGGAGGCUCGUCGUCGGUGGUCCUGUCCGGAGCCAGCUCCUUCCUCUGCUGGCUCACCCUGCUGUCAGUGAUGCGGUUGCCGACGGUUACAGCCGACUGUUGGCUCAUCGAGGGGGAGAAGGGCUUCGUGUGGCUGGCCAUCUGCAGCAUGAACCAGCCGCCUUACGAGGCCAUCCCCUCCCACAUCAACAGCACCAUCGUGGAUCUGAGGCUGAACGAGAACAAGAUCAGGUCGGUCCACUACUCGUCGCUCAGUCGCUUCGGGAACCUCACCUACCUGAACCUCACCAAGAACGAUAUCAGCUACGUGGAGGACGGAGCCUUCUCAGCACAAUUCAACCUGCAGGUUCUCCAGAUGGGCUUUAACAAGCUGAGGAACUUGACAGAGGGGAUGCUCCGGGGCCUCGGCAAGCUGCAGUAUCUCUACCUGCAAGCCAACCUCAUCGAGACGGUCACACCCAACACCUUCUGGGAGUGUCCCAACAUCGAGAACAUAGAUCUCUCCAUGAACAGGAUUCAGGUGAUGGACAGCAGCUUGUUCUCUGGACUCUCCAAGCUGACGACCUGCGAACUUUACACCAACCCCUUCAACUGCUCCUGCGACCUGCUGGGCUUCCUGCACUGGCUCGCCGCCUUCCCCAACCGCACCAGUGAGCGGAUGGUGUGCGACUCGCCCGUGGGCAUCUCCGGCUUCACCCUCCUGAGUCAGAACCCGCGCAUGCCCACCCAGCGCACCGCCCUGCACGUGCUCAGCACCGUGUGCACGGACGACGGGAGCAGCGUGACGCCUUUCUAUCCCAACAGCGCGUUCGAUUCCACGACGCCGCCGCCCGAUCCCAACUCUCCCUGCGGGUUGGACGAUUGCGCUUCCGGGACCCCCCCUGACGAGGUCAUCAACUUGACGUACCCCAUCUUCUCUGACACCAGUCCGCUCAUGGUGCUGAAGCAGGUGCUGCAUUCGAGUGCUGUGGUCACGGUUCAGAUCCCACACCCGUACAGGAAGAUGUACAUCCUGGUGCUUUACAACAACAGCUUCUUCACAAAUAUCCAGAACCUGAAAUAUCAAAGAGAAGAUAUUGAGCUCAAGACCCCGAAACCGAACACCGACUACACCUACUGCGUGGCCUCCAUACGGAACUCUCUGCGCUUCAACCACACGUGUCUCACCAUCUCCACCGGCCGCCGGGAGGGCGCCGAGCGGCCGGCCAAUGAGUCGUCAGCCACUCACUACAUCAUGACUAUUCUGGGCUGCUUGUUUGGGAUGCUGGUCUGUCUCGGCGUCCUCGUCCACUGCCUGAGGAAGAGGAGGAUCAAUGAGGAGAAGGAGCGGAAGAUGAGCAGGAUCCAGAGGACGCUGAUAGAGCUCAAGUAUGGCGGAGAAGCGGAUAUAGAGGGAGGGAACGGAGGAUCUGUUUCCCAGAAGAUCGCUGCCGGGGACAGCCUGUCCAGAAUGCCCUACCUGCCCCAGGGGGGUGAGAUCGAUCCCUACAAGCUGCAGGAGGUGAUAGAAACACCAGCGCACAAGCCUGCCAAACUCAACUACAUGGAGGUCAGAGGUUCCGGCAUCGAGAGGGAGCGAGAGAGAGAGCGAGAGAGAGAGAGGGAGAUGUCGCCGCAAGAAAACCCCCAGGGCUCGGUCGCAGAGAUCUCCACCAUCGCUAAGGAAGUUGAUAAAGUUAACCAGAUCAUCAACAACUGUAUAGAUGCUCUCAAGUCUGAGUCCACCUCCUUUCAGCAGGGGAUGAAAUCCCCCUCUUCUGCAGGGGGAGGAGCUGUUUCAACUGCCGAGCCGCAGCUGGUGCUUCUCUCUGAGCAAGGAGAGAGAGGAGAGAGAGGAGAGAGAGGAGAGAGAGGAGAAAGAGGAGAAAGAGGAGAAAGAGGCAGUGAGUUCCUCUCCCCCGUGUAUAAAGGUGGGAGAGGAGGAAGAGAAGAUAGGGGGAGGAGCUACCAUCAUUCUUUGCAGCGACACCACAGCAUGGAGGCUCCUCCCACCUCCAAGAGACCCAGCACCUCCUCGUCCCCUGGCUCCGCCCGCAGCCCUCGCUCCUACCGCUCGGAGGGAGGGUACCACUCCUCAGAGACCCGCUACAUCGAGAGGACCUCACCGGGAGACAGAGGAGAGAGGGGAGGAGAGAGGGGAGGAGAGAGGGGAGGAGAGAGGGGAGGAGAGAGAGGAGGAGAGAGGGGAGGAGAGAGGGGAGGAGACGCCAUCCGCACAGUCAACCCGGCAGCAGCUAUCCUUCGAGCAGAAGCCCAGAGAAUCCGCCAGUACAAUGAACACCGCCACUCCUACCCCGGCUCCCAGCAGCACCUGCAGGAGCUGCAGCACCACCCGCAGAUCCUGCAGGAGCUCCACCACCACCCCCCCGGGGGCCGGAAGCCCUCCGUGCUGGACCCCCUCACCCUCAGCAGGCAGGCCAAGCAGCGCGAGCUCGUCUACUCCCAGCUCUCGCCCCACUACCCGCUCUCCCCCCAGUACCACAACCUCAGCUACUGCUCCAGCCCCGACGAAGACGAGGAGGAGGAAGGGCUCCUGUGCACCCCCACCCUGGGCCUGUGGGAGAGGUUCAAGCUGCACCGCAAGAGGCACCGGCAGGCGUCCAUGGAGGACGAGGGCUACGUGGCAGCGGGACACGCGCUGAGGCGGAAGGUUCAGUUCGCCAAGGAUGAGGAUCUGCACGACAUACUGGACUACUGGAAGGGCGUGUCCGCCCAGCAGAAGGCCUGA